AUGGACACCGCAUCCUCAAACGGUGGUGUGAGGCGGUGGCGGCAAUCUUUAGCAAUGCAAAAACUCAUGGUUCAUCCAUUUAACCUGACAAGUGGCCCCACAGCCAUCUUCGAAGCUUGUUCCUGGGGCUCCCCACGAAAUGUGCAUAGGUGCGUUGCCUCCUUCCUUGUACACACUCCUGCUGCUCAUCCAACAGUUCCUCCGUGCGCCGCCGCCGGGGGCUCCUGCGCUCUGCUUUCUCUCUCUUCUCCCCGCCAGGCGGAAAAUCUGCUGCACCAGCUGCAGGAGAGUUUUCAAGCCCUGACUGAGAAGAUAACGCUGAGAAUGGAAGAAAUGGGUGAGCGCAUUGAUGACCUUGAGAAGCACGUUGCUGACCUGAUGACAGAGGCUGGGAUAGAAAGCACCGAUGAAGACUUGAAACACUGAAAUGAGGAAGUGAGCAAGAUAGAGAGAAUAACACCACCCUGGAUCUGGGAGUUUACAAUCAGUCACUACUCACAGAAAGCAUCAGUGAAAAGAAACGCACUUGCAUGAUGUCACAAUAGAAUCGCAAUUUUUUUUUCACUAUUGCCCCAGAAAAAGAAGUGGAAAGCUGGGUUUAUUCAUCUAAACGGGACACCGUAUUUCCUGUAAAUGGGAAAGAACUAUUAGUUUCAGGGGAAGCAA